AUGGAGGCAGUCGAGCUGCCGCCUCUCGAAGCGGCAACACUCGCCAGCAGGUCGCCUGUCGCUUCUCCGGAAAAUGAAGUGUCUGGCCAGUUCUCGGAGCUCCGCGAAAAAAACGGCGAAGCCGUGGAGAGCCGGAAGCGCGCGAGAACGCAUGCAGACCUGGCAGACGCAGAUGCAUCCCGCCACGUGUGGGCGCGAAAGGGCGAGGAGACUCCCGCGAGCGAGGGUGUCUUGUCUCCCUCAGCCCAAGGCGACGCAGACGACGCAGACGACACACGGCAGGCCAGCAAGCGGCUGAAAAUGGGCGAGGCAAAUGCAACGGCCGGCGAAGACCUCCAACCCGCCAGUAGCGAAGACUCCACGCAUGCGCCUCCGGGCAGGGAGGAGCCUGAAAACACGGGAGCGCCCCUCGCGGCAGAGACGCAAAACCAUCGACAGGAGACAGACGAGAGACAGGAGUCAGACGGGAGACACGAGACAGACGGGAGACACGAGACAGACGAGAUACGAGAGUCAGAAGGAAGAGAAGAGCUGCCGGUCGCCGGACAAGUCCGAGAGCUGAGGCCCGACGGGUGCAUUCGCGGAAUCGAGGUUCCCGAUGAAGGUGAUUUGUUUUCUCCGAGAAGUUUUCCGCCCUUCUUUUCUGCGUGUCCGCCGGCCGUUGCUCUCGCGCCCUUCCGGCUGUCUCCGGCGGCUGCGACGUCUGGUGUCUCUUCGUCGGUCGUCUCUGCCUGUUCGCGUGUCCUUCAGGAGCCUCCGCGGGGCCUCGCGAGCGAAACGACGCUGGACGCUCUCGAGGGAAAUUCACACGUCGCCGCGUGUCUGGCGCGCGGCCAGGAGUCGCCAAACAUUCUGGAGAUUCUUCGCGAGAUACUCGUCGUCUUUGCAAAGGAUCCUUCGACGCAGCUGUCGAAAACCUUCCACACAGCCGCGCUCCUCGGCGCCUCCUCGGCGGCUUUCCACGGGGCCGCAGAGGGCCCGACCGGGCGCGGCGACGCAAACCCUGAAGAGGGCGCCCCGCGAGUGGCUGCGGCCGACGGCGCCAGGUCUCGGCGGUUGCAUGCCGCAGCUGCGCAUGCAUCCGCAAAGGCGGGCGAUGCAGAGCCACGCACAGAGAAGGGACAGGAGCCGGAGACAGUCCAGGGUGCGGCGGCUGGGAACGGCCUGCCUGUCUCUCUUUCCUCGCUUGGCCACCCACAACACCCGCGCGUGCGAAUGAUCGGCGACGGGGGCGCAGAGUGUGUCUCCCCUGAGGCCCAGAAGGCCGCACCAGAGGCUGAAGCGCAGGACGGAGACGGCGAGGAGAGAAGAGCCGAGGUGCGAGCGCCGGGGCCCCGGUGUGCGUCGCCAGCCCUGACAGACAGCGAGAGGGGGAAGGAAAGGACGCGAGAUCCGAAGCGGGAAAGGGAGGAAGUGAGCGAGAAUGGAGCUCCAGCAUUGGGAACUCUGCCGGAGGCGGGGGAUGUGGACGAGGAGCGCAUGCUGUACCUCCAGCUGAAAGAAGUGGUUCUGGGAGUCGCCGCAGCUCUGGAGAUUCAGCAGUUGGAUCCUCCGAAACGAACGGAGGGGAAACGGAAGGGCGUCUCGUCGAUCGCUCCCGAAUCCAGCAGCGGCGCCGCGGAGUCAGAAGCCUGUCUCCGCUCGACAGGGCGCGAGAGAGCCCGAGGCCCCGAAGGCCCCGGGGCCGGGAGGGGCGAAACGAGACGGAGAGAGACACGAGGAGACGGUCCUGCAGAGGCAGCUGGAGACUCCGCGAGCAGCGCAGGCGACAGCGGGAACGCAACGCGUCCCGGUGGACACGCAGAAAGCGCGAAAGAGCACGGGGAAACAGAGGAGACAGACCAGACAAGAGAGACAAGAGAGGUCGGCGAGAUAGGGAACAAGGCAGAAGGAGAGACGGGCGAAGAGAGAGACGGGAGUGACGGUCGAAAGGGUGACCCUGUGGAGGGUGAGCGGAAACUGUCCAAUCAACCGUGCGUGAGGCGAACUGUUUCUCCUCUGCAACUCGGCGAGCGGGUAAAUCGAGAUAACUUUUCUUGCAAAGAGCGAGGGAGUGGCGCGGCGCAAGCGAGUGGAGAGCCGGGGCAGGGGGGAACGUCUGGGCCAGAAGGCAGCGAGAGAGAAACGCAGUCAACAGGGACGAACGAGGUGGAAUGCCCUCUGUGUUGCUCCAACGACACGGACGUUUGGAGACGCAGCGGCAUUCUGCGCUACGACGUCCUCUACGAGAGAUGGAAAGCCUUCCUCAUGAAAAUCGCUCCGACAGGGCUUGGGCUCGCCUCGUACUUUGGUCGGUCUUUCAUUUUUCACGUCCUUCACGCGGCGUUGCCUUCUUUGCUGGAGGAGCUUUCAAACACCGUCGUCGGGGCGCCGGCGGAGCUGCGUCGCUUCGUCCUCGCCCUCGCAGAGGCUGUUGGGCUCUCCAGAGCGCAUGCGGAGGGCCUCCUUCACAAGGCCUACGCUGCGCAUGCAAACCGCCUCGAAUCGAUUUUGCCUUCGGAGACAGGCCUGGGGUUUUUGCACCGGGACGCAGGUGGAGCACGGGAAGAGCAACUGGGAAUCAUCAGUUUUUGCUGUUUGACGAACGACCGGCAGCCGAUGCACAUGCGCCAUCUCGUGACUGUGAAGAACAUUUUUUCUCGGCAACUCCCCAAAAUGCCGCGCGAGUACAUCGUGCGGCUUGUCUUUGAUCGAAACCACUUCACCUUCUGUCUCUGCAAGCAGGGCCGUGUCAUCGGGGGCGUCUGCUUCCGGCCCUACUUUCAGGAAAAAUUUGCGGAAAUUGCUUUCCUCGCAGUAACCUCCACAGAGCAGGUGAAGGGCUACGGGACGCGCCUCAUGAACCAUCUAAAGGAGCACGUGAAGAAAUCGGGCAUCGAAUACUUCCUAACCUACGCAGUGGGGUAUUUCCGGAAGCAGGGAUUCAGCAGCAAAAUAACGAUGCCGCGAGAUCGGUGGCUAGGGUACAUCAAGGACUACGACGGCGGCACACUGAUGGAGUGUCGAAUCAGCAGGCGAAUCAACUACCUGAAACUCUCUCAGCUCCUUGCGCUGCAAAAAAUCGCUGUGAAGCGACGCAUCGAGCAGUGCGCUCCCUCAGUCACUUGCCCAUCGCUUUCCUUCUGGAAGGAGAACCCCGGCCAGCUGUUGAUGCCGUCGGAGAUUCCAGGACUUGCCGAACUGGACACGACGGGGGAGUUGUCGAUGCUGCUUGCGUCUGGCCGGCGCUUCUUGGCGCCCCACGUGCCCGGGGCCCUUUCGGGCGCGGGCGCGUUGGGCCCCAAGAAAGGCCCCUACGGCGCGUCGCGGGACGGUUUCUUCGUGGGGAAAGGCGAGCAGGCUCUGGGCGGCGGAGCCUCGCUCAAGGCGCAGAUUGCGGCGCUUCUUUCUGCGCUGGAAAAACAUUCUUCGGCGUGGCCGUUUCGCAAACCGGUUUCCGUCAGCGAAGCGCCGGACUACUACGAGGUCGUUCGCCGACCCAUCGACAUCAGCACGAUGAAGAAGCGAAACCGAAACGGGGAGUACAGGACGAAGGAGGCGUUUCGAGAAGAUCUGCAACUGAUGUUCGAGAACUGUCGAGUGUACAAUUCCCCAGACACGAUCUACUACAAGUACGCCGACGAGCUGCAAGCCUUCAUCUGGCCGAAGGUCGAGGCCCUGGGAAAGUUUUGA